AUGGCAGGACUUGAGGUGUUGUAUACGAGUGUGGCGAGUUCUAUAACAUCUCCUGAAGAUGCGGUUGUGUGUUUUAUUCACUGGGAAAUUGUGAAGAGUGGAUAUAAAUGUUUGGGAACUGGAGAUGAGCCCCUAAAUGGAGAGAAGAAAUCAGAGUUGCUUCCUGCAUCCUGGAACACAAACAAGGAGAUGUACACGCUGAGAUACAGAUCAAAUGAUGACAAGUCCAACCUGCUCCUCAAAGCCAUCACAGUUGAUGAUUCCAGCUUGAUUUUUAACUUGCUGGAUUCAGCUUCAGACAAGAUCACAGACCUGACUAUUACUGUUAGUGAUUAUGUAAAUGAAGCAAAUCUACAAUCAUUUGAAAGUCUGUACAAGAACACAGGAGAUUUGGCUAAGAGGCUGAACUCAUCACUGCUACCUGCAGUGAAAGAUCAGGGAGGUGUGAUGAAUAAAAGAAGAGAGAGAUUUACAGACACAGAGCCCAACCCAGACCAUGAUCCCCUGAGUGUACCUACCGGACAUCCCUCUGCUUCAUGCCCUCCAGACUGGACAGAACCAGUGAAUCCAUUUGCUGCAGGAAGGGCUGACCUUGAUCCCCUUAGUGGGUCAGCAGAGGGCAUGAUUGUGGAUCCAUUACAUGCAGGCUUCCCUUGUCCUGGCUUGGACCCUUCAAGUGGAACUCCUGGAAACCUCCCUCCAGGGUCUGUGCACCCUCGUGCCCGUUUUGACCCUAUUCUUCCAUUUGGCAGACACAGAGCUGGGCCAGACCCUGAUCACCUGCCCCGGCCAGGCUAUAAUGAUACGAUGUAG